GUCACAUGAUCAGAAGUGAAGCUGGUGUAAACAUGUAUACACAGUCUCUUUUGCAAGUACUGUUCGUUGCAGUAUGUCUUGAAAAUACCAUAGCUCUUCAUCCAAUAGUCAUUAACACUUGGCCUUUUGUUAAUGCGACCGAUGCAGCAUGGAAUGCCCUAACUGUUCAACGGGUAAAGGCAGUUGAUGCAGUUGUAGCAGGAUGCAGUAGAUGCGAACGCCAACGAUGCGAUGGUACAGUCGGCUAUGGUGGGUCUCCAGAUGAACAUGGAGAAACUACUUUAGAUGCCAUGAUCAUGGAUGGCGUUACGCACGAUGUGGGCUCAGUUGGAGGUUUACGACGUGUAAAAGAUGCCAUUGCGGUAGCAAAAGCCGUUAUGCAAUAUACAACCCAUACUUUACUUGUAGGAGAUUUAGCCACCGAAUUUGCUCAAUCGAUGAAUUUUGAGAUAUCAAAUUUGUCAACACCGCAAACAGCAAAACGACACGAGCGAUGGGUUGAAAAUAAUUGCCAACCAAAUUUUCGAAGGAAUGUGAGACCCGAUCCAACAACUAGCUGUGGACCAUAUUCUCCUGCAGAUAGGAUAUCUUAUAAGUUUUAUGGAGGUAAUAGGAGAACGUCAGCCUCAAGAACCAACCACGAUACAAUUGGUAUGGUUGUUAUUGACAAUGACGGUGAUAUAGCUGCCGGUACUUCCACAAACGGCUUAACUUGGAAGGUUCCAGGGAGAGUAGGAGAUUCCCCAAUUGCUGGAGCUGGGUCAUAUGCCGAUAAUGAGGUUGGAGGGGCAGCGGCAACAGGAGACGGAGAUGUCAUGAUGCGAUUUCUACCAAGUUUCUUAGCUGUCGAAGAAAUGAGACGGGGAGCAAGUCCAACUGAGGCUGCUAGAACAGCUAUCGGUCGCAUUACAAGACAUUACCCAAACUUUUCAGGAGCUCUUAUUGCUGUAAACAAAGAUGGCGAGACAGGUGCUUCAUGCAGCAGAUAUAGAAAUUUUCCCUAUAGCGUUCGAAAUGGUACUUUAGGUGAAACGAAGGUCAUAAGAGUCAAUUGUCUCUAA